AUGAUGGAAUUUAAAAAAAAAAAAGAGAUUGAAGCUGUUGUUAUGGAAAAAGGAGAUUCUCCGGUAAGGAGAUGGGAGGACCUUGAUAUUAAUAUCUUGGUGACGAUACUCCUGUCCUUUGACCUUUUCCAGUUGAUAUAUGCAAUUCCUCAAGUUUGUCGUGCAUGGCGAUUGGCUUGUUGUGAUCCACUUCUCUGGAAAACGCUGGACUUGUCCGUGUUGCAAUCGAAUUUCAUCAGACUCCCAUUGAAGCCGUACGUAUAUGUCGACAGUCCGUCUGAAAAAAAAUUGACCGGACUCCUAAAUAUUUGCUUGAGCCUCAGUCGUGGAAACAUACAAACAUUGAUCUUCCAUACCAAUUUGUAUGUUAACGACAAUCAGUUGACUUUUGCUGCCGAGAGGUGUCCACGGCUUAAACGCCUAGUUAUGCCUUCUUGGAACAAAAUUAAAAAGCGAACAAUGUGCAGGGCUAUUCAUAUAUGGAAAGAUCUUGAAUCACUAACGAUGCCAAGUAUAAAUAAUCCUGCACGUGUCAUUGAGGAAAUUGGCAGGAGUUGCCAAAAUUUUUCCGCGCUCAAAAUUAUGGGGACCUGUGAUAUGCUGUUUGCAUCUGCACUGGCUUCAUUUCUUCCAAACUUGGAAGUAUUGAGUGUGAGGUGCACGGUGUUAUCUAAACCUGCUCUGGCUAUUAUCUUGGAGGAGUUGAAAAAGUUGAAAGUGCUCAACAUAUCUCAUUGCAUAAUUACUGAAGACCCUGAAGAUCCUCCACUUGAACCGAUGAAUAUUCUGACCGAGCUGGAUGAAUCAAUUCUUGAAAAAGCGUCUAGGUUAGACAAAUUCCUAACCUGCAUGAGUGACUCAUGCAUCAUGUGUCAGCGUGCUCUAAAUGAUCAAGGGUUUAUGAGGUGGUAUAAGUAUGAAGAAGACCUCUGGAAAGUGGAUGAGGUGAAAUCUCUUGCAGUUUGA